UCCGCCAAUCAGUAUGCCGUCAUGCAUUGCCGAUCUGGAGUCGAGACAGAGCUUUUGAUCGCGCCGCGUUCUGGACUUCGGCUUGUUGUACACUGCAUGUCUGUUAGCUUGCAGUUGUGGGAGUACUUGGUAACAUACUGUAGGUUGGACUCAUACUAACACCACCCUCAUCACAGCUGCUCAGAAGCUGUCUUUAACGCAACGUUGCAAUGAGGAAAACCUCCUAUGUUGUGACAUUCUUCGCCGUGACGUUCACUCUUGUUCUGAAUAUACUUUCAGCUUACCGGCCAGACUGGCUUGUCGUCAAUAAUGAGCUCCUAGGUUCAAAAACCACCGUUCUCUACGGCUUGAUGGAGCGCUGCGAACGCCAAGUCGUUGUGGUGCCGGGAAUGCCAGAUAGAAAGCGUAUCGAAUACACUGAUUACAGAUGUCGUCCCUUUCCUGCUCGUACCUUGGAUGGUUGCGACAAAGAGAACAAGAUGUUCUGCGUUGCUUGGACAACCGCUGGUUACUUCACUGAGCUCAGCAUUGGCUUCGCAGUCGUGGCAUGUUUGGCCAUCAUCUUUGGUGUAAGCACCCACUCUAGAAGAAGGAGGAUAUGGCGUGCUGUUGCUGGUUUCGUUGCGCUUCAUGCUGCGUCCCAGCUUACAACGUUCGCCAUCAUUACCGAAUUAUAUCGCGAAUCAAAAUACCCCACUUUUGAGUAUGCUCGACCUGGAACUGCUUACGUCCUCAACGGUCUUUCAUGGGUGGCCGGUGUUUUGGUCACCAUUGGCGUUAUAAUUACUGGCAUUUCUGCCAACAAAGGCCACCGAUGGGCUGCCGGAAACCGGGCUUACCGACCCAUUGAAGGUUGAUACCGAGAUCUCAUUUCUUUCCCAUUCUUCCCCUUCGGCGCACUCCUAUGUUUCAUUUCCUUCACCCUUAUAGACGCUUAUUUUCGGGAGAUCUGUAUUAAUACUGUAUUUCUUUACAUUUGGCAUGCUGUACUUUCAUGGAUCGGCUUCAAAAUCAGUAUUCGUCCCCUGGAUAGUCCACUUUAUCGUAC